AAAUGACUUGUAACUUGACUUGGACUUGCAUAAAAUUACUUGUGACUUGACUUGGACUUGUAAAAAAUGACUUCCUGCCACCUAGUCUGGCAGGAUCCCGACGAAGUAUGCAUCGUGGCGAACCAGAUUACAUUUUCAUAUGUAGCUUGGACCUUAAUAUCAUUGUUAUAUAAAGAUUUGGAACUCUGCCAUCAAGAAUUAACCAAUCAUAUUCAUGUUUCUGAGUCUUUUUUUAUUCUGUUUCUCAAAAGCUUAUAAUAAUUUUUACAUCAUAAUUAUACUCCUAAUAGUGGACUAAAUCAUUCAGUGAGCUGAUGUUUAGACUGGAAAUCUUCUGACAAACAAAUACAUGUAUAUUGCUAGACUAGUUGGCUGUUCCCACGAGUUUGUGGAAAGGCUCGUUUCACGUGAGCGGUACACUAAGAUGUCACCAGAGGCUUGUUUCGGCGUCAAAUCAUUAACCAGAAACCUAUGAAGGGUGGCCCACAAACGCGAAGAACCAGAAACAGUUACGUCAUCUUACAGAUGCAAGCGCAAGGAAGCAGACGGCACUGUUCGGACAUCACUGUCACUCGGUAUUCGACAUUUUUAUCUCCAGUGGUGGUCUCUCUUUUCAUGUAGGUCUACGUUCUAGAAGAAAGUAUCUCUUGAUUCGCUGCAUGUAACAGCGAAUUUUGAAAUGUAUAAUUUAUUCCUUCGACGGGUGGCAGAUAUUAUGCUUUUUUUCCCCGCCAUUUUCAAUCGGCACUGAACCAACUUCAAUCUUUGGUUCUCUUUUGGUCGCACAAUGACCGUCCUAGAGGCAUAACCAAGUCGCAAAAACGCUUAAUUAAUGACCUAAGCUGAGACAAGUUCAUGGUUCGGGUGGCCCAAGUGAUCAUGUUCAUGAAAUGAACAGGUGUAUUAGGGAUGGUUUUGGGAGGUUUGGGGUUGGUUUGCGUUGCGGGUGGGGAGUGUGUACACAUUGCAUGUGUGUAUGUCGGUACGUUGAUUUGUACGCAUGUAUCUAGUGUCCUUUUUGGUGUUGUAUGUCAUUUUGGUCAUUCAAUUGUUUGAUAAAAUUUUGGUGUUUUUAUCAAUCAAUUUUAUAUACACUUUUUAUUUGAUGUGCAUACCUGUAUUUUUACUGUUCUGGUUUUGAUAGUUUUAAAGUAAUAAUUGUAAAUAAAACUGAAAUUCAGCCUUUAUCUGCGAGAGUUUGGUUACUAAACCAUGAAUAAUGAUAAUAUUAUUGCAACACGGGUUUUUAUAUGACGCCCCUUUAAGUCACGAGUAAGUCUUGGUUCCAAGACUUUGUUAUUGUUUUGCUCUUGGUGAAAACAUGUAUUUAGGCGCACACUGUUUACCAAGGUCAAAUUCAACUAACCCCACACUGGAUUAAAUUCUGCAGUGCACCGAUUACAUUUUGUCUGUACAUUAUUAUAUGGAUGUUGUCAAUUCAGUGUGGCAGCACAGGGUUCAUCGUCUGGUAAACUGCUCUUUGUUGAUAGUGCUGAAUUGCGAACAUUUGCAUGGCUAUAUCAACUGUAGUCGGACACCAGACUAGUCGCGUCGAAAACGCCGGGAUUUUCCGGCGGUAUUUCGAAAUCGACAAUAUCGUGUACAUCAAUCCUAGUUGCUACGACACGUUUGGCAAUAUUCCAGAAGAAAUAUUUACGUACACACACGGUACUGCAGUGCGAGCCACUGUUUCACUGGGUGGAUUUGUGUUUACGUUGUAUGUGCCAAAUACCCCCUGUAUUUUUGAAGCAAGUCAGCAAAACGAAGCCCUUCUGGAACGUCUCCCCCUUCAUCCCAUGAAAUCUGAAUGUGCACCCAGGCAGACGCCGUUGGCUUUGCAAUAGACUGAAUUUCAGUGUCCAUGAAAUGGAUACGAGAGUAUCAACCUACCUACGUGGUUUCAAAGGCUUCGGCCGCAGCUACAAUCGUAGUGUGUUGGCCAAGGACGAGCUUUUCCACCAGCGAUUUAAAGAAGCAUUAGACAACGGCUCUCUGCAGUGUAAUCGCCUCCGGAUCCUCACCAUAGGCGACAAGGGUGUCGGCAAGUCUAGUACCCUGAAGUACUUACAAGGUGAAGUGUGCGAUCCCACUCUGGAGCCCAAGAUGACAGAGGGGAUCGAGAUCACCGCGUGCGAGGUGUCUGAGCAGAGGCAGGCCUGGAUGGCCUGCGAUGACGAUGGGCAACUUUCACCGGCAGACGACCCGACUGUCUCCGCUGCUUGGUUUGUCUGUGCGGACGUCGACAGCAUGGGGGGAACUCUGCACCAACAUGUAGGCGAAAAAGCCCAAGAAACAACAACAAAGGGCAUCACUGGCCGUAAAACCAGGCGAGAACCAAAUGUUAAAAAAGAUGACCCAGACGGAAACACUGGUGAGACGCCCUCUGGGAUCUGCAGGUCUGCCCUAACCCAAAUGCAGAUGAGUAUUUCGGCAAUCCUCAUGUUUGUCAUUGCUUAUCAUUACGCACCAGGUGACUUCGGAAUCUUGUGCUGGCUUGCUAUGUUCACGUCACAUCAGCUUUUCUUCAAGUCUGAUUUCAAUUCUGCCUACCGUUUUGUCACCCCUGUCAUGCUUCAGAUUACUGCCGCUGAAGCAGCUGUCAGAGCAGACGAAUACUUGACUAACAUUGCAGACACUCUGCCAGAAGAUUCUCUGUGGUUGGUACUCGCCGUUGUUGUGCUUUACUCGGGUCUGUUUGGUUUAUGUACUGCAUUCGGUUUACUAUCCGGGCUUGGAUGCAGAAGUGGCGUAGCCAUUGCUUUCUGUCUCAUGAUCCCUAAGUCAAAGUUUAGUCUACCUUUGAAUAAAACUGUUAUCGCAUUGGUUAUUGGUAACUUCAGUGGUCCCCUCCUGGUGCGAUUUGGCAUAAAGCCAAUGCAAGUAAGGUUGCGCAGUCUCACUUUAGCUGCCAUGGGGUUGUUUGCUCUGCUUGGCGUCGCUACUGGGACAAAGUUUCAGGUUUUGGCUGGAUACUCUGAGAACAUGUGCACGUGUGUUUUACUUCUUGGGGCGUCUAUGGGGUUAGGGCAUGCCUACGCAGUACUUAAGGCUCGCGGAAUAGUUGCCACGAGGAAGCUCAUGUUACCUUAUUAUCUGAAAAAAGGUUUUGGCUUCGUCGCAGGAAUCGCUCUGGGUCACCUGAUCGGUUGGCAGCUGAAUUAUUUCAGCGAGUCGAUGACACCAUUUUCAGUUUUCCUCUCCCUAGUAGCUGCCUCGGGGUUCCUCAUCUACGACCUCAGAACAGCUCAGGAGAUCCUUCGCCUAGAAAAAGACGCCAUUCCAAUUACAACCUUCCGGAAAUUUCUAAUGGCCUCUGCCACCGGAGACAACCCUGUCAGCCUUAAGCUUCAUCUCUGGGACAAUGGUGGUGACAGCGUUUACCAGAGCAUGCAACAAUUCUUCAGACCGACAGAGGCUGUUUAUCUCCUGGUGUUCAGCUUGGAGGAUGCCAGACAGGAUGAGGAGAAGCAGCUCCAGCGCUUACGCCAGUGGCUGUUCACAAUAAAGGCACAGUCCAAGAGAAUUCAAGACUCUCAAGAAAAUGAGGAGUCAGAUCCUAAUACCCUGAUUUUUGUCGUCGGCACACACAGGGACAGCGUCUCUAAAGAUUUCCUCUCCCACUUUGCCGGUAAGAUAGACGAGGCCCUUUAUAAGGAUUUCUGCUGUAUUCUGGCCAUCAAUGGUGACAAGGGACCCUUGUACGUCGUGGAGAACUCCAAAGUGAUGGAUCAAGACGGGAUUCACCUUCGGAGCUCUGUUAUCAGACUGGCAAAGAAAACAUCGUACAUGAAGGAACUGUUCCCCAUUCGACACCUUCGUAUUCUGAACAAGGUACGAGACAGGCAGUCUCGUGGCCUUCUGCCCUGGAUCAUGAAAAUUUCUGACCUUCUGCAGGACAUUGCAGAGGAAAACAUGAGUGUGGCAGAGCUGCAGCAGGUCCUUGUAAGCCUGCAUCGUACUGGGGACGUUAUAUACAGAUAUGAUGACCAGGUCCUUAACAGGUAUGUAGUCGUUAGUCCAGGGGUUCUGAUGGAUGUUCUGCAGGCAAUCGUUUCUAUUCCUCAGCGGGAAUCCCGCAAGAGAAGUCAAGCCAGAGACUGGCUAGACCUGGAAACUAAAGGCAUUGUUUCUCAAAAUCUCAUCCAGACCAUUGUUGGUCCUGACGAUACCCUGCUCCCCUGUUUACGGCUCAUGGAGGCUUAUAACUUACUGAUACCUGUCUAUUCGUCCGCCUUGAUGUCUUGUCCCCAAACUCCGUCACUUCAGGAACAAGACACGGACCCUUCCCUAUCCUUAGCGUCUGGUCAGCUUCCCAACUACUGCAUCCUUCCAAGCCAUCUUCCAGACUUCACAGGGGAAGAAGCAGACUUCUGGGUGCCUGCAGAGGAUGACGAAGUGUAUAUCUUUGACUUCAAGCAUGUGUCUCCCAAACCCAUCUUUCAUCGUCUUCUUGCUAAGUUAUGGUGUGAGAGGGAUAUUCAAGACAGUAAGCAUGAAUCGGUGUUCAAAACAAGAGGUCGUUUCAGACUCAAGGGAACCAACUUGUACGUAGUACGACUGCAGCAGAUAACGUGCUCUCAGAAUACAAUUGAAGUGACAAUCCACCAUAACAUCAGUAAUAAUCGGUGUAACCUACAGGUCCUGCAGUAUCUGCGGGGGCUUCUGGAGGAGAUUCGCUGCAUGGAUUUUCCUGAGCUGCCGUACACUUGUGGGCCCAUCUGCGACACCUGCAGCUCUGACGGCCUGCUGAAAAUCUUGAAGAUCUGCGGUCACGACGAGGCGUUUCCCAUCGCCAACAUGCAGUGCAAAGCGUUCAUGCAGGAGGGAAGGUACCAUGAAGUCCACCUCACACCUCAGCUUAAAGUGACCUGUGGAAAACGAAGAACAAGCUCUUGUGUCUCGUCUGACAGUGCCUGUUCACUGACCCCACGGGAUGGUCGUUCUUCAAGUUUUAUAAACGAACUUGUCGUGGGAGAAAAUAGCGACCGAAUGACCGUAAUCGGCGAAGUACAUAACUCCACUUUCAACAUGCAGCGUACUGAGGCCAGCCCGUAUGACACUAAUGCCCAGAACUCAGAGGGCACCACAACACGGGAACGAGCGGGAGACACCUUACAAUAAGCAAAGAAUACGACUGAAAAGAAAGCGGCCUUUAUCGCUGGCCACUAAGUUUUUUUAAACUAAAUUGUAACUAAAUUGUAUUGUGGAAUCAGAAUCCAUUGAUGCUGAGUGCCAGAAAUUGGACAUCUGAGAUUCUUUAGGCUUCAGGCUGAAUAGCAGACUGGACGUACUUUCUUCACUGAAAAAGUUAACAACUCAUUUUGUUCACUGUUCCUGGUUUAAUUUGAUUAUUCCUCUUAAUCGUGAUGUAGCGUUGCUCUAAAAGGGCCAAAAAUUAUGACCGUUAAGGACAUUUUGAGCCGCAGCCAUAACUUUUGGUCGCAACUUUACAUACUGGUACCAGUCUUUAACAUUACCAUGUUAAACAUAAGUCAAAAUAAGCCACUAUAUUAACUUUAUGGUGUAUAUGUAUAUUUUUCACACAAUGAGAGGAAUGAGAGUCAUAUCAUAAUGUACGUCGUGUCAGAAUCGGAUGGGGUGUUUUAAGAAUUCAUGAAUGUCAGAAGUGGUUGCUGCAUGAAAGUAGAAAUAGAAAUUUAGACGUGGAGAAAUGAUUGCAUAAAUGGAGAAGUAGACGUAGAAAUCAAGCCUUCUUCAGGAGUGGAAAUAUAAAUUAUAGAUGUAAGAAGAGCAUACUGAAAAAGAUUGGGUAGAGCUAUAAGGAAAAGAUUUUUCCAGUCCCACCAAAUAACGAGCCAAGAGUUUGGUAGCUUUCUUCAGAACCGUUUACAAGGGCAAAUUUCUUAUAUUUUUUGCAAAUAUGGCUGUUGUCAGCCGACGUGGUUUAUAACCAGUAUUGCCAGCUGCAGAAAUAUCACUAUCGUACACAACCAGCUUCAGUAUUAUGUUAUACAAUGACAACUGUUCAGACGGUGUAGUGCCGUCUAUAUAUUAGGCCUAUUGUUAUUUUUUUACCCUCAAAUCCCAAUCGAAACCCCAUAAAUAUUAGUAUAGUGAACGGGACAGUAGCAUAACACUAAGUCUCCACAGAACAGGUUCAAUAAACUACCAUAAAAGUGGCAUUUCAGCCAUGAGUAUUUAUGAAA